GUUUUUUUUUUAGGUGUUGUUCUCUUUGCAUGUUUAUGAGAUCAAAAGCAUGAAAGCUGUGAAGCACCGCCAAGGCAAGCAACCAACCAGACAGCAAACUCCAUUAAUGCCAUUGGCCAUUUGUCUCGUCUUCCUUCCUCCAUUUUACUCUCCAAUUUAAAACCAUUUUUCUUUGACUAAUAUAUACAUAUACAAGAGAUAAUUAUGAAAUCAGCUUGGUUAGUUAGUUCUCCUCUUUUGACUUUAGCAAAAACCAAAGAAGAGAGCGUGGUCAAAGAUCAAUCCUGUUUCUCAUUAUCGCAAAAAAUAGAUUUGUCAUUAGCAUUAAAUCCGAAGUGAAACUAAAAGGGACCCCAUGCAAAUUGCAAUCGCAAAUCCUAAUUAAUCGAAACGCAAUUUUGGACUAGGUAACCGAUGAGUCUUCUCUGUUGGGUAUUUUUUUUUUCAAUUAGAUAUUUACUCUUUUCUUCAAACAGAGUGCUUUCACCAGUAACUUCUCACUCACUACUAAUCUUCACUUCCAUAAUUGAUAUUGGCAAAAUACAGCUGUAUAGCCAUAACUUUCACACUUUUGAUAAAUAUAGCCAUUUUUAUUCGAAAACAACAAAUAACCAAUUCCGUCCAUUUUGGUAACGGUGUUAGCAGACGUUAUGACUGUACUAACGGCUUGCGCUGAGUUGGCAACUGGAGUUACCCCACUUUCCGACGUGGAAAUCAGACUUAAAAAAAAAUAAAAGUGAACAGCUGCCCACCAACAGUCGCGACUCUUCCAUUCCAACCUUAUCCCUUCAGACGAUGGAGGCUUUGCGAUUGGAAGGGACAUAUGGAUUCGGAAGUUCGACGGUCGACGGGGACUGGAAUUUGCAUUUGAAAGAUGAGAAACAUAGUGGAUUUGUUCUUCCACCUCAUGUAGCCGAUGCAUAUGAGUAACCCAUUAUAGAUCUGCCUUCCGGCCGCCGCUUGGAAUCGUCGUCGAGCUUCUGUCAGAUACAGAUUCACAACCGUCGGCGCCUCCUUCCCGUCCUUCGCUGCUUGGCAUCAUCGUCGUUCGGCGGCUAGCGCUACGUCAGAUCCAGACAGUAAAUUAAAAAAAAAAAACAGACGAGCCUCGAACGAGAGAUGAAAAUUGGGAUUCCGGGGAGCAAAUCCGUCCAUGGAGCUCAUCCUAACUCGGUACCUGGACCAGAUGGCCAGUGCGGAGGCGGCGGGGAAGCAAGUCGUCAGGAUGGAAGAGGAGAAUUAGGUUAUCAGCGGUGGUGGCGGAGAGAGGACGAGGACGGAAGUGGAUUUUCCGGCGCGGAGGAAUCGUUGGAGUCGGAGGAGCUGAAAGAGUCGGAAGCGGAUUAUUAACUAUUGGGGAUGAAAAUAGAUUUGGAUUGAAACGAGGAUUGAUGAGAGGAAAUCUUGCACUAAUGCCUCUGCUCAUCUUCCGUUCUCUUAUCUUUCAUUUCCUUUUUUUUUCAUGUAAUUACAUUCCAACCUAAUUAGAAACUGGAGUUUAGAAUUUCGGGGACAGGGAAGAAGGAGAAAGAGAAGUAAACAUAUAUAAUUAUUUUUUUUUAUUAUUAUUUACGUGGCAUUCCCCGUGUACGUUUUGCUGAUGUGUCAAUGAUGUGUAGGUCGGUUUUCGUCCUCGUCAGCGUUCCGUCAAACGAUUUAACGGAGUCGCAGACGGUGUUAAAGUUUCUAACGGAUUUGGCUAGAUUUGUCACACUACCCUCAGUUUUUUGGGCUAUUUGUGGUUUUCGAAUAGAAAUGGCUAUAUUUGUCAAAAGUGUGAAAGUUAUGGCUAUACAGGUAUUUUGCUAUUGAUAUUUGAUAAUUCCAUUCUCGGGUCGGGUCCAAUAUCGCGAGCAUGGAAGUUUUCUCCUUUUGACUUGUUCCGAACGUGUGAAACCGUGGGCCGGGCCGGGCCCUAACUUUCCUCGCAGGGGUAACUCGAUCGAUCGGCUGCUUUAUUGACUCCAUAAACGCGGCCCAACUAUUGCUUUCUUCAUCUAGCUAUAUGUAUGUACUCUUUGCUUUUUAGAACUUCAAUUAAUUAGAGAAGUACCUAACGUAACACUGAAACCAUUAACAGGGCAAUCAACAUUUGGCCAGUUGGUAAUGGUAGGUGAUCACUUGUCAGUUUGUGGUCUUGUCGUCUCUUGGCUAUAAAUGUCAUUAUUUAUGUUGUUUCUGGUUUAACGUAGAUAAGUGGGCCAAGGCCACCCACUGACAGAUUGUAGGAAUUUGGGCCUUCAAUAAGGGCCCGUAGCUGUUGAUGAACUGACUAUAUGGAUCAAUAUUUUGUCACACCCUACAAAUCCUUUUCAGUAAUGUUUUGCUUAUUAUCCUCCUAUGGGAUGACUUUUGUAAUGGGUUUUUAUCCGAUGAUGAAGACACACAAUCACAGGUGGCAAAGAGAGAGUGUGGAGAAUCGUCCGUUCAGCAGCCUGAACAGUGAACAGUCAGUUAAUUGAAAAGGGGAACAUACGAAGAAGAAAGAAGAGAUGUCACUGUCUGAUCUCUCUGGUAUUGUCUGGUCAGAAUUCAUUCAUGGCAAGCCCAAUUGCCACUCCCCAAAGUGAUUCCAUGGCUCACAAUCCAUCAUGGAAGUUGGGUUCAAUGAUGCAAUAUUCUGACAGUUUGGUGUUGAGAUUUGUAUAGGCCGAAAUGUAUGAGUGUGAACAAUCCGACUAUGGUGCUAAUCUGUCCUUGUUAGCACGUGUUAAUUAGCGCGGUGCACAUUGGAUUAGAGUGUUGCAACUAUUUUUAUGUUCUUUAUGGGUGUUGGAGUCUAUUAUCUAGUGAGUGAUGAGAUGGAGAUAUAAUGAGUAGAUGAAAUCUAAUUAAAUACAAGUAACUCGAGUCGAAUACUGUGUAACGUUGAAAUUUGUAAUUCAUAUUGAAAUUUACACUUCUAGAGACAUUAGAACAACAUAAUUUUUGUGAUUUAAUAGAUUUUUCAUUAGAUCAAAUUAAAUUAUUUGAAUUGUCUCAAAUUUUUAUCUAUCAAGUUGUACCAUCUGGUCGGCUCUACCGCCUUUUCACUGGCGAUGGUCACAAAAUCCUUCUUCAACUUGUUUCUUUUCUCCCGAUGUAGACCUUUCGUCUAUCUCCUUACAUUAUCGAUUUGGGUGGUUCACUUACAUCACAACUCUAUUGCGAGCCAUUGGAUAAAGAUUUGUACACCUU